AGUUGGCUACAGAUAUAAGGAUAUGAAGGCAUGACAGUGUUGCCAUGUGUUUUUACAAUAAAUCGGAAAAGAGCAUGUGAUAUAUUUUUAAAUUUAUUUAUUAACAUGGAAAACAUUAACUAGAGAGUUAUCAAGUAACUUUAGGAGAAUACGGUAACGUUAUUUUAGCAAUGGAGCAUGCGCAGUAUGAAUAUUGAAUAACGGAAAUGAUUUUAACGUUAGCGGGCUCCGUUACGGUAGGUCGAAUAGCGGGCUUGAAAUACGGUAACGUUAGCAGCGAAUCGCACCAAUUCGGUAAGACUCGGACACACUGGGACAUAUGACAUUUCUGUACGUAACAGGUGUCAGGUGUUUUGUCUUUGUUUUCUUGGCUUGAUUUUAGUUGACCAUCUGUUUGACAUUUGGAGUUUGUGUAAAUUUGGAAGAAAACAUUAUAUUUUAAAAUUUUUUAUUUCAUAUAAUAAAUAUGAACACAGAUUUAUUGAAAAAGGCGAAAAGGCUGCGCUUUACAAGCGAGGAUGACCUUUUGUUGAUUAGACAAGUGCGAGGAGUCAACCCAUAUUUUAACCAUGAAAGAUGGGGAGACAUCCAAGAGUCUGUCUGUGAACAAACAGGAAAAAGAUUUUCUAUUAGAUGCAUCAAAGAACACGUAGAAAAUUUAAUUAACUCCUGGAUUAAAAAAGAAAGAAUAGACAAGGCAAAAUCUGGCAUAGAGGAAAUCCAAACAGAAAUGGACUUUCUCUUGCAAGAAGUAGCAGACCUGAUGAAAGAGGCGAAACUAAAAAAAGAAACAAAAGGGAAAAAAAGAUCUAGUUUUCAAGUUGCUAAAGAAGUCAGGGAUAUGUGGGCUGCGACUUCAUUAAAUACAGCAAUAGAAUUAGAAUACCCAAAUGAUCAGGAUUCUCAUACUUUACCUAGUGAUCAUGAUGCUACUGAAAUGGUGUUAAUUGAAAUAGAAGAAGGCAAUGCAGCUUAUGAGCAGCAAUCUUUGGAUGCUUCCUCUGCUAUAACUGAUGGAAGUCUAUUAAAUCAGGGAGAGGAAAAUAAUGAUCAUCCAGUAAGAACCCCUCAAAAGAGGAAAAUUGAUGGAAUUCCUCACAAAAGCAGAACUACCUCCACACCAGUACACAGCAGAGUAUUAGGUCCCAGGCAACAGAAACAGCAUAAAAAGAACCCCAAAGUUGAAGCAGCUCUAAGUUACUUAGAGGAUAAGGCUAAAAAAAACGAUGAAUGGAAAGAAAGGGAAUUGGCUUUAGAGGAAUCAAAAGUUGAAGUAGAAAGAAUAAAAUUGAAUUUAGCAGAGAGAGAAAUAACACUGAAAGAAAAACAGUGGGCACAGUGCGAAAAAAGGUUUGAAAUGGAGAUGACAGAACGGAAACAAUUUUUGCACCUAGUUGAAAAUCAACAAAAGUUGUUUUCAAUUAUAUUAGAUCGGGAAAAUGCCUCCAAAUAAGUUGUAUAUAAGUCUUAGUUAGGUUUAAAAGUUUUUAAUUCAUUUUAGUUAAAUUAUGUUUUUAGUAUAUUAGUUUAAUUAUAUUUAUAGUAGAUUAGUUUAGAAAUAAUUUUAAGUAAAUAAAUAAGUCUUAGUUAGGUUUAAAAGUUUUUAAUUCAUUUUAGUUACUAUAUUUUUAGUAGAUUAGUUUAAAAAUAAUUUUAGGUA